AUGAUAAAUGCAGAGGGUAAAAAAGGGUACCCAAAAGAGAAAGAAGUUGAAAAAAGGGAGGAUAGUUGGGUGGGGUGCAACUGUGAGUGUGAAGUGAAGAGAGGUGGAAAAAUUGCACCUAAAGCUGUUGAUGAGGACUUGUACAAGAUUUCACCUCAUCUACUCCACCAGCAACCCAAAAGGAAGAGAGGAUGGGGCAUCUUUUCAAGCUGCCUGGUGCCCACAUGUGUCUGUUAA